AUGUCAUCGGCGCCGGCGCCUUUACCUGUCUCGGUAUCUGAUAUGACGGGUCAACAGAAGGCGGAACACACGCUUGCUCAGUCUGGGACAUCGAAGUCGAAUUACAAGGGUUUUGUGGCGGGCGUUUUUUCAGGCAUUGCAAAGCUCAGUGUUGGCCAUCCAUUCGACACCAUCAAGGUUCGCCUACAAACCAGCAAAGAUGUACAGUUCCGAGGACCGUUAGAUUGCACGUUGCAGACUUUGCGAAAGGAAGGAUUACAAGGGUUUUAUAAGGGAGCUACACCGCCGCUGGUCGGAUGGAUGGUGAUGGACUCUGUCAUGCUGGGCUCAUUGACCCUAUAUCGCCGAUUACUACUCGAAAAUGUCUUCUCGAAACCUCACAUCCGCCCUUACCUCCCCUUCUCGCGCUACCAGCCAGACCUCGCAACCCUUCCUAGUUUCGGACAUGGCAUUGCAGGUAUCCUGGCUGGUACAACGGUCAGCUUCGUAGCUGCCCCAGUAGAGCACGUCAAGGCACGCCUGCAGGUGCAAUACGCCGCCGACAAGUCGAAGCGCAUGUACAGCGGGCCGAUUGACUGCCUACGCAAGCUGGUUCGCACGCAUGGCAUCAGCGGCCUAUACCGCGGCCUCUGGGCAACGGUCCUCUUCCGCUCCUUUUUCUUCUUCUGGUGGGGCUCCUAUGACGUCCUGACUCGCUACUUCAAAAAGAACACUACACUGUCCGCCCCUGCGAUCAAUUUCUGGGCCGGUGGUAUCUCCGCACAAUGCUUCUGGCUCACCUCCUAUCCGUCCGAUGUCGUUAAGCAGCGUCUUAUGACGGACCCCAUGGGUGGUGCGCUGAAUGAUGGCAAGCGCCAGUUCCGUGGCUGGAAGGACGCUGCGGUCGCCGUAUGGCGCGAGCGUGGGUGGAGAGGGUACUGGCGGGGCUUUGUGCCAUGCUUCCUUAGGGCAUUCCCGGCGAAUGCGAUGGCUCUGGUUGCGUUCGAGGGUGUGAUGCGUACCUUGCCCUAA